AUUCUCGUGUGGUGUGUGCAGUAGUCGAUACAUUCUCUCAACUCUCGCAUCUCGCAUCUCGCAUCUCGCGUUCACUAUGCCACCAAAGACCAGCGGCAAGGCGGCCAAGAAGUCCGGCAAGGCACAGAAGAACAUAUCCAAAUCGGACAAAAAGAAAAAGAAGCACAAGAGGAAGGAGAGCUACGCCAUUUACAUCUACAAGGUGCUCAAGCAGGUGCACCCCGACACCGGUAUCUCUUCGAAGGCGAUGUCAAUCAUGAACUCGUUCGUGAACGACAUCUUCGAGAGGAUCGCGGCUGAGGCGUCUCGUCUCGCUCACUACAACAAGCGUUCGACGAUCACGUCCCGCGAGGUGCAGACCUCCGUGAGGCUCCUGCUGCCCGGCGAGCUCGCCAAGCACGCCGUCAGCGAGGGCACCAAGGCCGUCACCAAGUACACCAGCUCCAAGUGAGCGUCGCGGCGGGGUGGGACAACGGCGGUGACGUACGCAACGUAGGAGACGAACACGUCAUCCAGACGCCGCGUCGUCUCAGCGCCGGCGAUUUCUCUCUUAUAUUAUAUCAUAAUGAGAGCGAUUGACAAUAAUCAUCAUCAUCAUCAUAGUACCAUCAAGUACCAACCAACCAACCAACCAAACGGCCCUUUUCAGGGCCACAAUAUAUAUCCGAAGAGUCUGUAGAGACCACAUAGUAUCAACGACAAGCGUAAAAAACUAUAAAUAAAUAAAUAAAUA